ACCAUUAUCUCUCUCUCUCUUUCUCUCUCUCUCUCUCUCUUCUUUUGAUAUGUAAGGAACAAAGAUUCUCCACUAAACCGUCAAGAAACAUUCCCUGCAGUAGCUAGCAAGGAUCAAGAAUAAGAGGAGAUCGAAGCGCUAUCCUAAUAUUACAGAGAUCAAACACAAAAAAACUCUCAAGGGGCAUCUGCAUGGAUACAGUUCAAUGGCCUCAACAGGGAAUAGGAGUGGUGAAGGGAUCAGUAGUGGAAACCAACCAAAGGCAAGCACAAAUCCAAGUGGAGAGAUCGAGGGUGAGACCUCACAAGGAACAAUCCUUAAACUGUCCAAGAUGCAAUUCCACAAACACUAAGUUUUGUUACUAUAACAACUAUAGUCUAACACAGCCAAGGUAUUUCUGCAAGACUUGUAGAAGGUAUUGGACUGAAGGUGGUUCUCUAAGAAAUGUUCCAGUUGGGGGUGGCUCAAGGAAGAACAAAAGAUCCUCUUCUUCUUCUUCUUCUUGUUCAUCUUCCACUUCCUCUAAUUCAACUCCAACUCCAACUUUAACCUCCACAACACCAACAACAACACUUCCUUCAUCUUCUUCAACAAAUCUACAUCCUUCUGAGCACAUGAUUAAUCAUAGUCUUGGAAGCUCUAAAUUCUACCAAGGAGGAUCAGUACAUGACCUUAAUCUUUCCUUUCCAAACCAAAGUUUGGGCGGUCAUGAGCUUGGUGGUUCUAUGUCAGCCCUGGAAUUGUUGAGGAAUGGGAUUUCUGCGAGAGGAUUGGGACCAUUUGUGCCGGCAGCGAUGCCGCCGGGGCCGACAUCACUAUUUGGAGCUGGUUUUGGGUUUCAAGAGCUGAUGAGACCAGCUUCUAAUAGCAUGAAGCUUCAUCCACUGGAUGGAGUUGGUGGAUCAAGUGGCUAUGGUGGAAGCAUGCAAGAGGAAGGAGAUGGAAGGCUUUUGUUUCCUUUUGAAGACUUGAAACAAGUAAGCAUGAGUAAUGGUUCUCAUGAAGGUGUAGUGCAAGGACAUGGAGAUCCUACUUUGUUUUGGAAUGGUAUAAUGGGAAGCGGCGGCGGUGGCGGCGGCGGUAAUGGAGGUGGAGGAGGAGCAGGAGGGGGAGCAUCAUGGUAGAAAGAUUACUGAAAGGAAUGAUACUGUUGAAUCUCCAAAUGGUAAGUUGAAGGAAAUUAAAGAAAUAUUAUGAAAAAUAGGAGAAAUCUUAGCUUUGAGUAUCCUCUUUGAAAUUUAUCUUAGAAUAUAAAAAAAUGUAUUUUCUUAAAAGAAAAAAAAAAACAUUGCAAGAUACUUUCUGGUAUUUACAAGAUUUUGUUUUCUUGUAGAAUAUCAGAUAUGCUUGCAGUUUAUAAAAAUAUAUUUUAUAUUCUGAAUUAAAUCUUGAGGAGGGUAUUCUGAGCUAUUUUUUUUCAAUGAAAAAAUAUAUUCUAUGUGCUUUGUUUAGUAUAUUUGGUAUUAUAAUGUUGGGUUUUGUGUUUGAAGUUUUCUCAGGACUAACAGUUGAUAGGGUGCAUGGGUUUUGCCUCUGUCAUCAAUUACUUUUUUUUUUUACCCCUUUGUUACCAAUGCCUUGGGCUUGGUGAAGCUUCUUUUAGGUUGGCUUCAAGUGGAGGUUUGUUAAUUAAUUAUCAAGGAGGCAGAUAUAGGAUAAUAGAAGCUUAGAAUUUUCAAUGUUCUUUUUCUUUUUCUACUGUUGUUCUUGGCAUGAUUUGUGAAUUUUAUUGAGCUUCUAGUAAUGUAAUAUAUGGAUACAAAUAUGUGUGCUUUUUGGGUUUUUGGACUUGAGAAUAUUAUGGUAAUUUGUAAGAAGUUUGGGGUUUGGCAAUUUAAGGAAUUUGGGGGAAAA